GGGUCGCUCCCCAGCGGUGCCCGCUGCGCAGCCAUGACGGAUGCGGGCGGCAGCGGCGACUUCUCCCCGCACAGCUCGGGCUCGGACUGCAGCCGCCUCUCGCUGCCCUCCACGUCCCGCAACGGCGCCCUGCCGGAGCGGCGGCAGCAGCGGCUCUCGGGCCUGGGCCGCCCGCGCCCGUCGCUCGCCGCGUCCUCCUCCUCCUCCUGCUCCGAUGAGGAGGAAGAGGAGCCGGAGCCGGAGGCGGCGGCGGGGAGGCCCGCGCGGCCGGAGAGCGCCGAGGCCGCCGGCGACGAGCGCAGCAGGCGGGUGAUCCGCAACCAGUACCGGGAGCUCAUCUACAGCGUGCAGCAAAAUCGUGAGGACAUGCUGAGUUCAAAAAGCAAUAAGCUGACAGAGGCUUUGGAAGAAGCCAAUAAACUGUUCAGUGGAGUGUCCUGUGCUCGGGAGGCAGCAUUGGAUGCCCAGUUUCUUGUCCUCGCAUCAAAUCUAGGAAAGGAGAAAGCCAAUGAAUUGCACUCRGAGAUGACAGCAUUUGACUCGCUAGCAUUUGCUGAAGACUUGCUAACGUUCAUGGGUCUAAAUCGCAUAGAAGUAGAAGAGAAGGAUAGUGAUAAUGAGGGCUUUCCUGGUGGUUAUUUACCUAGCAAUGCCUGGCAUAAACUGGGAGCAGAAACAGAGAAGUAUUUCAGAAGAGCACCUUCUUUUCACUACAUGUUAGGAUCUUUCAAGUCUGAGCCUCCAGUACCAAGGCAACGGAUUGAGAGGCAGAAAAAGGCUACGAGAAGAGAAGAAAAAAGGGCAAUGCCUGCUCAGUUAAAAAAGAUGGAGGAGUCUCAUCAGGAAGCUACAGAAAAAGAAGUGGAGAGAAUCUUGGGAUUACUGCAGACUCAUUUUAAAAAUGAUCCUGAUAUGCCCAUUUCCUUCUUUGACCUUGUGAUUGAUCCCAACUCUUUUGCACGCACUGUGGAAAACAUUUUUCAUGUGUCCUUCAUUGUAAGGGAUGGCUUUGCCCGAUUAAAACUGGAUGAAGAUAAAUUGCCAAUAAUAGAGCCUGUGAAAGAUGAUGAGGGAAAAGAGGAUGAUCGUAGUAAUCUAGCACGGAACCAGGCUGUCAUCUCUCUGAGCCAUCAAGAAUGGAAGGAAAUUGUGGAAACAUUUGAAAUAACAGAACCCAUGAUCAGUCCUCCUUGUGACAACAAUGAAGAUGAAAUGGAGGUACCUUAAUUCUUCAAGCAAGUUCUUUUCGUAAAUUGGACUGAAUAAAUAAGGACACRGUGUGCAAGUUGGUUAUGGACAUAAAAAACCUGCCGAGGAGUUGCCUGUGAUGGCACAUGUAGAAACACUUAAAGGAGGAUAAUUGUGUAACAUCUGAGAAUUUCCAUAUUACUGAUCUCUUUAAGGAUCUCAAAACUGUCCUUGUUUAAUCUUCUUUGCAGUACUGAAUUGAAGAGACUUUACUUUUAUAUUUGCUGGCCAGUUAAGUGGAAGGCUUUGGUUCAUAUUUGAGACUUUAUACUUCUACUUGAAAUGCAGUGCUAUGAAGAGUCAUAGCUUAAUUUUUGUACUUUAAAAAAAAAAAAA